UCUUAAGAUUUGGAGGAACUAUAGCUUUAUCGUUAUAAAGAAAUACGGCGAGGAGCAUUUCUAGUUACCGCGGCCGGAAGCGGUGCGGAAUAAUAACGGAAGCAAAUUUGGAAAGGUGGAGGACGGGGAUACGAAGAAAACAACGAAGAAUGCAAGAAUCCUUUAAAAUGAAAGGCAACAAAGGAAAAAUCUGCAGUUUGGAGAAAGAAUUUUUUUAUGAAUUCAGAGCUGGAAAUCAUCAUUGUAUACUUAGAGUUCCAUUGAAAUUCCCAGUGAAAGAAAAUGCUAACCACUUGCUUGGGCAUCUAAUGCUUCUGUACAACCUGCCAUGCUUCAUAGAAAAUGAUUUGAAAGACUCCCUUAGCAGAUUCAUUGAAGAGAAAUCCAUAGAGGUUUAUGAUAUAGAAGCAGAAGCAGUCCUCGAAGCUGUAAAAUCUGGUAAAGUAGAUUUGCAUGAGCUGACAAAUACAUGGGCUAAAGCAUAUAAUGAGGCAACGCUGGAGCAUGCACAACCUGAAGAUCCCAGCUGGGAUGAAGAUUUUGCAGAUGUCUAUCAUGAUUUAAUCCAUUCACCUGCUUCUGAGACUUUAUUAAACCUGGAACACAAUUAUUUUGUUAGCAUCUCAGAACUAAUAAGCGAAAGAGAUGUGGAACUGAAAAAAUUACAUGAAAGGCAAAGCAUUGAAAUGGAUAAGGUGAUGAAAGAAUUGGGAAAGUCACUAACAGAUCAAGAUGUAAAUGUUCUGGCAGCACAGCACUUUGAAUCCCAGCAGGUGUUGGAGAACAAGUGGAACAAUGAACUGAAACAAACAACAGCAAUCCAAAAACAAGAAUAUCAGGAAUGGGUGAUAAAACUUCAUGAGGACCUUAAAAAUCCCAACACCACUAUUGGUGAUGAAAUAAAAGUUCAACCUAAUCAGUGGAGGGAAUCUAUAGAAGGAAAUGGAAGUCUUUUUGAAGACCAGAGGCAGUUGGAAGAAAGUUUUACUAUUCAUUUGGGAGCACAAUUGAAAACUAUGCAUAAUCUGAGAUUGCUGAGAGCAGAUAUGCUGGACUUCUGCAAGCACAAGCGUAAUCAUCGCAGUGGCGUCAAACUCCACAGGCUUCAAACUGCGCUGUCACUUUAUUCAACGUCUCUUUGUGGCCUGGUUUUGUUAGUAGAUAAUCGCAUCAGUUCAUACAGUGGAAUCAAAAGAGAUUUUGCAACUGUUUGUCAGGAGUGCACAGACUUCCACUUUCCAGGGAUUCAAGAGCAGCUUGAAGUUAUUCAACAGAUUGUACUUUAUGCCCGAACACAGCACUGCAGUAAGUCCAAGCGGCUAAAUGGAAACAAAAAUAGUGGCAGUGAAGAUAAGACUAUGAAUAUUGAACCACACCUAUUAACUAUUUUGCCUGGAGAAUUUUAUAUCACUCGCCAUUCAAAUCUCUCUGAAAUUCAUGUUACUUUUCACCUGUGUGUGGAUGAAAAUGUGAGAUCAGGUAAUAUUACUGCCCGGGAUCCUGCAAUCAUGGGCCUCCGGAAUAUCCUCAAAGUAUGCUGUGCACGUGACAUUACUACAGUCAGUAUUCCUCUCCUUCUGGUUCAUACAAUGUCUGAGGAAAUGACUAUAUCUUGGUGUCUCAAACGAGCAGAGCUUGUAUUUAAGUGUGUCAAAGGCCAAAUAAUCCUACUUGUACUUUCAAGUCCUGUGUGAAGCUAGCACAAACCUCUGGUGCAGUAUGGAGAGGGGAAAUUGCAACAACUGCGAUAAAGCAUCCACACAGAAAAAAUGGGCAGAGAGAGCCCCCUCGUGAUGGUGGCUGUAAUAACGGCAAGUUGUUCAUUCUUUUUACUGACAUGAACUCGCUCUAUGAAUGCAAGCAACUGGCCCUCUUAGAGGAAAAACUGAGGGCCUGGUUAUGCUCUAACUGACCAAAACAACCAAUGUGAUACUAGAGGGGCAACAUUGAUCUAAAGCUAAGAACUCUGUGGGAAAAGAAAAAGAGAAGAAAACAACCUGGGAAGAAAGGCAUUCACCAGCAAAGAGAUUAGAAGAGACACUACAACUGAGGAAGUAGCAAAAAUCUCAAACUGCUUUCAGAUACUUGAGACACAAGAAUAGCCAGCAAUGGAAAAACUGCUAAAUACACUGAGAAACCCUGAAAAGGAGACUGAAGAACAACCAAAUAUGAGAGAGACUACCCAGACCAAAGGCAACAAAAUAGGAAAUACGUAUUCCAAGCUUGCAGCAAUAAUGAACCAAGAAAUGCUACCCAAACUUUUAGCAACAAAAAUAAGAGCAAAGUGCUAGUUGUGGGAGACUCUUAUUGCAAGGAAUGGAAGACUAUGUUGACACAGGAAAAAGCCAGGCAUGCUAUCUUUCUGGAGCCAAGGUCAAUGACACUUGUCUACAAGGAAAAAGCCUUGGAGAUGAAAGUAGCUAAAUUUUACCAGAAUUUGGUCACUAAUAAAGGAAAAUUAAGUAUUAAUUGGCUCCAGUUUCCAAGAUACAGCUUCAGGUCAAAAUUGCAUCAAAAUAAUUCAAAAUUAUGAGGGGGAUGUGAGAUUAUGCUCCAUAACUUUUUUGCAAAAUGUGAUAUAGCAAUGAGAAUGGUCAUUUAGCUCACUCUGUGAAAUUAGAUGUGGUUCAGGAGUGGGCUUAAGUUUAGGUCCACUGACAUUGAUGGCUCCAGAUCAGCUGCAUCUUGCUCAUCGUCUUUAUCAUAAUCGGAGUCUAGAGAGUAGGAUUCUGGUGGAUCUGGAACUGGCAAGUCUUCACCGUGGGGUACAGGACGCAGUGUGGAUGGAAUGUAGUGGUUAAUGUAAUGGAAAGCCAGUGUGGUGUAGUGGUUAAGAGCACGGGACUGGGACUCAAAGGAUCUGGGUUCUAGUCCCCACUCAGCCAUGGAGCCAACUGGGUGACUUUGGCCAGUCAA